AUGGCAGAGGGUGGAGUCGGCAGGGGCAAAGGGGACACAUGCAUUGACGCAUCAGAAUCGAUCGAAGCACUGAGUCUACUUCGCUUGUUGGAUGUUCAGCACUUCCAGGCUUUGGUCAUCGAUACCGGCUGCGACACGGCCAACUUCUGCGACUUCCUCUGGAGCCUACCUGAGUUGGCAGAGAAGGAGUUUCAAGUUGUCAACACGCACAUCCACUACGACCACAUCAUGGGAAAUUAUGGCUUCUGUGCUCCCGGUGGACGCUCUUUACGAGGGGGCUGUCGAAGUAUUUGUCAAGGCUCCCGGAAUCGCCACUUCAGUCAAAACUGGCAGGAGACAUCGCUGCAGAGCAUGGUCGGUGCGGCGAUCUCAAACUUCUGCGUAACAGACUGGCUGGAUGAGGGUCAGAGAAUUUAUUUGGACGAUGAGAACCCGACGGAAGCAGAGUCAUUAGAGGUGCUCCACACGCCUGGACACACACCCGAUUCCAUCUCUUUGUACUACCCAGCCGAGAAUCGAAUAUUCACCGGGGAUCUAAUCUAUCCCGGAAACAUCUUCCUCUUCCUCCCUGGCAGCCGGCUCGAGGAGUUUGAGGAGAGCCUUUGCAAGCUGAAGGCUUUCCUGCUCGAGAAGCCUGCAGGCGUCCUCCUCAGCUGUGGCCACAUGACACCUGCCUUGAAGGCAGAGAAGUUGGAGGAACUCCAUACGCUCCUGGAAGCCAUGAGAAGUGGGGAGGCCCGCGGUCGCGCCGAGAGCUCCGCCCUUGCUCCCGAGCCAGUGACUUCCUUCCAGACGCCUUGCUUCACCCUGAUGUGUCGCACUGCCGACGUUCCGGCCAUGGCGUGA